GUGAUCAGAAAAUACUGCAACGCUUUUGUAAUGUUGGGGAAGUCAAGGUGCGGAACGAUUCAUGAAUCGCUCGCCUUCCUUUCGAACGCAAAAGUUCCCCCCUACACUUUUACAACCAAACAGUAGUUGACGGCUUUUAUAUUUUGCUUUAUAGAAGCGCGACAUUGAAUUUUUCUUCAGAAACCAGUUUCGAAUCAAACUGCGAUGACGCGCGCGGGUUAUACGAAUUAAUUCAAAAUGUUACGCGAAAAAUGAGUUCCGAAGUCAAGGGGGAUGGAUUUUAAUGUUUGCUUUCCGAGGAUUAAUUCUUUUGGAACGUUCAGAAACGUACGCAAGAAUAUCCAUUUCCAUCAAAUUAAGUACAAAGGUAUAAAGUAACCAUGAACGGCCGAGGAAAGAGUGUCACAUUACCACGAACGGGUACAAAUCCAAACGAAAACCAAAGCAAUGGAAAUACUGGUAUUACAAAUAGACCGAUAAGUUAUUACGAUAAUAUUAGGGAAAAUGGACAGGGAAUCGAUCAGCCCUACGAGUACGAACUGCAGGAGUUGCACUUCGAGAGGGAAAGAAGUCCCACGCAACUUCACCUUUUGAACACGACGGUACCUCAAAAUAUUGCGGGUACUAGAAGUUUGAGCGAACGUCACGAGCCUACAAGAAACAGUUUGCGUCACAGUCGCAUGAUUGUCAUGGCAAAAAGUGGAAAAGCGCCAAUCAACUACGCACCACUCAUCCUAAUGCACACAAAGCUAGCCAAAGCGUUAGUUGGAUUGCAGAUAUUAAUCGGGGUAGCAUUAGCAACAUUAUCCCUCUGGCUACUAUUAUGGGCGCCAAAUCUUCGACAGCGUGACAAUCCUUAUUGGAGUGCAGCACCGAUACUGUUAUCGGGAGUGUUCGGCCUAGUCUUACUUAGCUGUUGCAAGAUAGAUUACCAACAAGUUCACAAUCGCCAGUUCAUCUACUCGCUGAAGAUAGUGAGCUUGUUCUUCAGCAUUGUUGCCGGCGCGGCUUGUUUAACAGCAUGCAUCUUUGCGAUAAUUCACCUACUUGCACUUUCGACAAUGGCGUGCGCGCCCAUAAAUCAAUUAAAUGCGACGUGUCAGUGCACAUUGAAAACGACCGAUAAUACCACAUCAUUACCUGUUAAAAGUUACCACUACAUUGACCUCAGCUGUCUCGAAGUGACUAGCAUUUUAAGUAUUUUAAUGAUAUUUUCGUGCGGAACGAACGCGGUAGGCGCAAUUGCUUCCUUGUGGUACGUUUACUUGCACUGGAUUAGUAGAUAUAAUAUGAAUUAUUCCAAAGUACGUACGGGGGAAUGUAGACCAAAACCAAUUUUGGUCGGUAAUUCUUGAUUGACUAUCAACUGUGAUAUAAAUGUACUUUAUAUCGAAUUGUUCAUCUGAAAAAGUAUGAGAUGUAUCGUCCGGACAAAUAAAAAUACAUUUUCUUGGA